CGGAAGUGACGUUUUAGUGUUUUCAGAGCCCUCGUUAGCAUGUGGCAUCCUCACUCAUAGACAUAUAUAAACAGGUCCUGUUAUUCUGCUCUGUUUUCUCUGCUGCUCUUUUGUCGCUGCUUGGGGACAGAUUUCAGUGUGACACACAACGUUUGUCUCUGGUUACCAAGCUGGCGAAGGAAACGGCAGUCCACAUUUCAAGAUGUCACAGGCCACCAAACGCAAGCACGUCGUGAAGGAAGUUCUCGGAGACUUCAUCACGCCCACCGAGAACCAGCAGAUCGUCAAGGUGACCGGGAGCCGCGGGAACAACCUCCACGAAGCGAUCACGGCUCAGGGCGAGACGUUCCUGGUGAGCAUGCCCACCAAGUUCCGCAAGAACAUCUGGAUCAAGAGAGGCGAUUAUCUAAUCGUGGAUCCUAUUGAAGAAGGGGAGAAGGUGAAGGCUGAGAUCAGCUUCAUUCUCUACAAAGAUCACAUUCAGUUCCUGCAAAAACAGCAGCUCUGGCCCAAGGGUUUUAUGGAGGAGCAGUCAUCGCAGGACAAGACGAGCGCAAAGGAAGAGGAGGCAGAGGAGAAAGACGACGAGGAAGAUGAAGGAAGUGACUCUGAGGACGACGACAGCGACCUCUUUGUGAACACCAACCGCUGUAACUACCAGUACAGUGAGAGCGAAGAGGAGGAGGACAGUGAUGAAGAGGAGGAGAAGAGGACAGAAAAUGGAUCGUAGCUGCAGCAGAACACAAAGCCAAGCCUUUGAGCUGUAAAGGUCCAGUGACUCCCCUCUGCUGUAAUUGCUGACCGAUCCAAUGAUGGUUCAAAUGUUUGUUCUUGUGCAACAAGAACAAACAUUUGUUCUUGUUCUCUCACAGCUGCUGGUCAGCUGUGAGAGAACAACUGUUGGAGGGUUGAGUGACCCUCAUAUCUGCUGCUUCCACCAGAACAAUCUAAGAUGUUCUGGUGAAACUGAAGACUACCAAGAAUGAGCAUCAGAUACGUUCCUGUUUAAUUUUCCAGAUUCCAGUUAAAACGUUUUCCCAUUUGUUUCCCUGAUUCAUUACUAUAGUAGCAAUAAAACGCAACCACACCACAGGAUAGUUAAAUGUCUGUCAUUUCAAAUUGUCUCUUCAGUGGGACAAUUAAAUCGGUGAGAAGUGUGUAAACAUUGAUUUUCUGAACUUAUGAAUUUGUCUUGUCAGGUUGACGGUUAUUUUGCCUCUUUGCCUUCCCCUAGUUUUGCUAUUUCACACCCCACAGUUUCAGAAUGGAGCCUCCUGCUGCUGGGUGAUUUGGGCCAAGCAAGUGUCUAUUUGUCCCCAUCGGGGGCAUUUCCUGUUGCCGCUUUUAGAAUAAACCUGGGGUUUAAAAGGAUUUUCUGUGAUCUACUCAGCAUCUACAGUUUGGAAAUAAUAUGUUAUUACAAUAAAUGAUGUCCACCAAUAGGAGGUCACUCAGUUAUUUUGGUUUAAUCAGUGAUCCUCCCUGUAAUUCAACUGGUCCUAACAGGGAUCAUGGUGUGUUUGGUUGAAAUGGUGUAGUCCUUAAAAGCUAAAGAAAAAAAAGAAUUUAAGCAUUUAUGUUUUAUGUCUCUUCAUCAAAAUGUGCAACUACCAAGAAAAAAGUGAUUUUUAUUUUUUAUUUUUUUCUGGGUGCCAAAUAGUGAUUCAUGAAUGGGUCCAGAACCAUUUGGGCAACAUGCUGUGUUCAUUAGGUUGGAUAACGGGACGGGUGUGGUGAAAGUAGAGCAUUCAGGACUAACAAGGCCAUUGUCGCCCUUUUAUUGGGCUACAUUCAUGGUUAUCACAUGAAUGUAGUCGUUCUGUUCGCUUUGAGAGAACCGUUCCCUGGUGCCGACCCAGCUCCACAUUCUGGUUUAACAGAGACGUUCCCUCUGAGGCUGCAGAGCAAGUUUAUUCCGCUUUGAUCAUUUGACAGGUAAUCUGAAUAUAUUGUGAAGAAUAUUUCUUGUAAGAAUUAGCAAUUAUGUAAGUAUGCAAUUCCAUAUAUUUGCCUUCAGGACAAUAUUAAGUGAUUCUCUGAGUCAGAGCACUCCAAACGGCAGCAAAUCCAGUUCAACCACACCUAUGGUUGGUGCGUUCACCCAAUGUGAUCAUUGAGUCAGACUUUAGGUAAUCACCACAGCUUCUCUUUAAAAAGCCUAAACUCAUGUUAAAUCACAAGAUUUUGCCGCCUUCUAUAUUUUUUGUGUCAUUAUUUUUUUAGGUUAUGUACCAUAUUUUUUCCCCAUAUUAAAGCAUGAUCUUAACGUGCUUCUGUCAA